AUGCGAGAGCCUAAAGUGACGCAUCCUCAGUCUCUACUCAAUAUAACUGCGAGGUAUAUUGCCACUCAUUUCCCGUUCGAAGUUGUCGAUUUGAGCCCAUUCGUCGUUCCUGAGGAGUUACAAAAACUAAUCGCUUUCUACAGCUUCCCUACCAAUGAGGCUGACAUUUGGUUAUACUCCUGUCUCAGUGUUGGUGGCUCCAACGCUUUUAACGAAGGUGUUUCAUUAUGGGCCAAGGACGCAGUUCGUGACUGCAUGCAAAUAGGUUUUCAUUUGAGCGCGAAUGUUUUGACUGAACCGACCCCACAAACACCCCCUCAUUUGUCCACAUCGGUUCAUCGAGUUUCUCUUUCCUUCGAUCGUGGUCAUUUGACUUCCUGUUCAUGCACUUGUGCGACAGAACUUGGAAGCCUUCCUCAACAGCAGCCGCUUACUUCCCAACUACCUCCGCCCAAGAUCAUCGAUGCAACACCUGACCUUAAAACAUCCUCCUCCACAUCUCUCAAUUCACUUAAGCAAAGAGGACUAGCAUCCGGUGGUGGUAUUUGGUGUGCCCAUAUUGUAGCCACCUGCCUUAAGCGCAUUCGUUCUUCUGAGGGAAUUAUUUUGCGAGCCCCGAUCUCCGAAUCACUUUCAAGGUUAAGCAAAGAAGAGCUUCAAAAGUUUGCCCAAAAUCUCAUCUUCGAAGUUGGUGCAAAAAAGAUUUUACCCGCCGCACAAAACAUUUUGGACCAGCUACUGGCACCGCUCGAUAAUCCGCUAAAAAGUUGCGCUGGAGCACCAGAUCCCACUGCCGGUGGUUUUAUCGGGGAUAUCGCCGCUUGGUGCUUCGACGGAUCGGUUCUGGAAGAGAAGUUGCGCCUGUCUCUGCGUCGUUUUUGCACACCUAAAUCCAUUUUCUAUGGAGACCUCUCUUCACUCUACUCACACUCGCCCUGCAGCGUGGAAGAAAUGACCUGUAUACUGCGUUCACUGCGCGCUUACGAACCCAGGGGUGCGUGGGAUUUGCUUGUUGUCAUUGUUGACAUGAGGCGGCGGGACGAUCGGAAUGCCGUUCCUCUUCUCGAGGUGGUAACUCGGUGUCUCCUUGAAAUGGAGGAGAUCAUGGCCUGGUGGUACGUCGUGCAGUUGAAUCUGCCCAUGGUGUCGAAGCCCUCAAAUCUGGCCAGACAAAAACAGUCGUGCUAUUCUGCCACGUGGCUGUGCGAGGCCGUCGUCGAUAUUUGGCGGUUGGUUUGUCUCGACCCAAGACUUCGUCGUGGAGGCGAUGGAGGAAUGGGGGAUCGCCAGAGGGACCACCUCGCCCAAACACUUCUCAACUGGCAUCAAUUGGCGAUUGAAAAGGCUCAAAUGGGGCUCAAGAGAAUGCUUGUCCAUAAAACCCUCAUUUUGGGUGGUUCGUUUGGUUCACAGGACCCCGUUAGAAAUGUCUUUUCUUCUGAGGGCAGGAAACUCUUUACUGGAUUUAAACCUGCCGUGGAUGCUUGUCGGUAUGCACUGAUUCCUCAUUUUGAUGGGGCCUUCGUCGAUGAGGACCAAAUGGACGAAUCACGAUAUCACGCUAACCCGAGAGUUAGGCGUUUGUUGCAAGAAGAAGUACCUUACUUCACCUCAAAACCAGACCCCUCGGCCUGGCACAACUACCCAACUACCAAAGGUCAAUUCGGAGUUGACUUUGCGCGUUGUCAGGGUCUCGUCUCGCAUGGAGAUACUUGUGCAGCACUAGCUUGGGCCCGUCAUCUUGCCCUCCAAACCCUUCUUUUAGCGCCUCGAUUCGUCGCCGCAGCCAAAAGCGCAACCAUCGCUGGUCUCCACAUGGCCGUUCUGAUUGACAAGCUCACUGAAUGUGGCAAGUCCAUAGACUCCGAAGUUCACCCUAGUACCUCGCGCCAAGGCGCGGUUUCAUCCACCUCCGCCUCCUGCCGCAAAUAUCGUCGUGGAAGUAACCCGGUAGUCAAUUCCGCGACUGGAGUAACGGGACUUCAGUCUAGGCGCGGUGGUGUCGGAGGAGGAGGUGGUGGCUCGAGGAGGGGGAACCACACAACUACCUCCUCUGUGUCCUUUUCACCAGUUACUGUGAGUUCGCGAAAACCUUCCGAAAAGGAGCAGCUUGAAAAGACGCAGGCUCGUUUCGCCAAAUCGGAGGUUGCUGUUUUCGGUCUAACGUUCACUCAGUGGGUAUAUCACGUCCAGUAUCUCAUGGACUGUUUGCACACCCUUCAUUCCUCUGGAAGUGCUUCCGGCCGCAUAGUUCAUCCACCGGCUCUGUCUAACCGACGCCUGAUUAAGUCUCGUGGGUUGUUGGCCGUCGACGAGGACUCUGCCGCGGACACCCAUUCCUCUCCCCCCAGCAUCGCCGAGUGGCGCUCUGUCGACACAGAGUUGGCUUUUCGCUUGGGCUUGCUGAUGCUGGCACUUCCGCGCCCCCAGCAUCUUGUCGGAGUCGCUGACGUUCGGUUUGUUGAUCACGAGGCCACGUUGCUUUCUCGGCUCUAUCGCCUGCCUCUAGAGUCGGCCUGUCCGUGGGUGUUGGGAAGCGUAAGACGUGAGGCUCGACUUUUGGCCAACGGACUGAAACAAUUUAAUGAGUGUCUCAGUGUUUAUGUUCCCUACUCGUUGGCAGUAUUCCUUUUUCAAACUCUGGCUGGCUCAAACCCCCUUCCGCGUUCAUCGCAAACUCAGCCUCCUUUGAUUCCUCAUGACAACAGUGCGAGUGAUGGUGGUGACGAAGCCGAGGCUAGUCCCGCCACAGGUCCUGUUGACACGCGGAACGAUCCCUCAAUUUACGCCGUCUUGGACAACGCAGUGGCGAGCGAGUCCACUGUCGCGUUCUCGGCCCUCCUACCCUUAAGGGGAUCGGCCGCUCUGCCCUUGUCGAUGCGGAUCCAAAGGUGCGGUGGUAGCACCGAUGCUGUGUCUCAGAGGGAAGAUGGUGAAUUAGCCUUCGCAUUGGCAUGCCGUGUUUUUCACGAACGCACUCGCAUCUCGGAGAAUGCUGCGCCCAUGUUUGUGGAAUGCCAGCGUUCUCAGAUGCGGGACUUCAUUCUCAAUACCAUACGCUACUACAAGGAGAAGCCGCGCAGUUUGUCGGUCCUUCUGGAGGCCUGCCUGGAUCGAUCUCUCAACGCCUACUUCAAACCUCCGCCACUCUGGAUGUGCCUCUCGGCCAGUGCAUCAGAGCUGAUGCGAUUUCGCUUCGGAGCUCCGCCUACACCGCCGCCCCCGCCGCCGCCGUCCCAGCUACUGCCAUCAGCAAGCGGAAACGAGGCAGGUCAGAUGCGGGACGCUGUUGCUAGUGCGCCUGUUGACGACGAAGGCGACGCUGUUUCCCAGGAGGCGGUGUUGCCGUCCCCAUCACAAGAGAAGAGAGAGGAUAGUGUGGGGCGUGCAGAUGGUGACAGCGACGUAAAAACCGAAAGUCCUACUUUUUCUGCCUUAUCAGUGGCGUCAAUGGAUGACAGAGUCGAGGGACCCAAACUGCUCCCUGAAUCCACCUCUACGGUUGCAGAUAAACUGAGCCACCGAACUUUGUUUGAGGAAACGCCUUCUGCUAGCGAGGAUACCGACACUCUCUCCGAUUCAAAAGCCUGGGUCAAGAGGUUUCGCUGCACUACCCUGCGUGACCCCAGGAAGCUCAACCGUCAUUCUGUGGGCAUGGCAGCAAUAGACAGUAGCGCUCCCGAGACCACCAGUAGCGACAACUCGCCUGCCACUAGCCGUAGACGCUUCUUUUUCUCGCCUACAAACUGUCGGCUUCCUGAGGAGCCUUCGCAGGUCGGAUCAAAUGCUCCUGCACGUCCUGAUGUUGAUUCCUCGUCGGACUGCCCUUCUUCCUCCACGGGGGAGGAGCCUAAACCUGUCAACUUUCCCGAGAAGACCUCCGUGGAUUGUGCACAUCCAGCAUGCGGAGAUGUCUUGAGUUUCGUGGCGCCGCCUCAACGUCCUACCGAACUCUUCGCUUUCCACAUGUUUCAGUUGGCUAAAACCGUCCGCUUAGUUGCUGGUGGACCCAGUGCAAGUGGGUCCGUGUUCGUCGCAGACGCGGAGGCGCAUGGAGCCGCGCACCGCAAUCUGCAACUUGUCGCCUUUCAGAUUGGCUUGUAUGCCCUGGGUCUCUACAACUCGCUGCACGCUUCGUGGCAAAGCAGGACGUACUCGCGCCAUGUCACGUGGAUAAGCCAGCAGGUCCUCGAAAUUGGAUUGCCAGCGGCGUUUGUGCUCUACCACUCCUGGCAAAAUCAUCUAAAUGCCGCGGAGCUGGCAGCCUUGGCCUUUCAACUGUCAAGCGAACGAGACCGCGCCUUAACAAACCUGGCUGCCGAACUGUGCCUGGCCAGUCUCACAGACUUCGCCACCUUAAAGCCUCACGAGAUACUUCGCGCGCUUUCUCAACUUUCCGCCUUUCCCAAAACUCUUGAACGCGGCCUCCUCUGCAUUGAAAGAGGUGCUGACGCAUCGCCCUACGGAAUCCUGCCAGAAAUUCAUUUUCAUCUUGCGCGUAGUUGGUUCGACCUUUAUACUAUCACCAAGGCAAAGCAAAGUGAGAUCGCCAAGUCGGCACCGGUGACUGCCGCCGAGGAGCGCUCUGUGGGCGGCAAUGCUGGCACAUGGCCAGGCUCGGGAGCCGGUUCCCAGCCGCCGACACCUCAGUUCUUCUCCUCUGGCUUGAUGACCGCGUCGUCAUUCAUUCAGCCCUUCUCGACAUCACAGAAUUUCCCGUAUUACCUCGCGGAAGGCGAGUACCAAAUGCCACAGACACCGCUGGGACUUUACGCCGGGCAGUCUGCUCAGCAGAUUUGCCUACCACCUCCACCUCCGCCUGCUGCUCACCUGCUCCCUCAAUCUCAGUUCUACAACCUGUUGUCGCAGAACGAUCAUCCACCCCAACCACCAGGCAAUGCUCCUGCUGCAAUCUCUGUUCCCAUCCAGUACUUGAGUGCAACUUUUCCAACCCUCGCUUCUGCCCAGUACCUUCAGCAACUGACAAUAUCCGCUGGCAACAGAGCAUCUAAAAAUUUAUCCGAAUAUUGUAACAAGUUCCUGGCCAACUCGCUAGCAUCACUGGCCUGCCCCUCUGACAUUGGUCAGUCCUCGGUCACUGGAACAGCUGCGGUGAACGACACAGGCGAUGCUGCCUCCACGUCAACUACCACGGCUGCCUCGAUGUUCAACAACCCUGCUACCUCGGUAGUUGAUGGCGGAGGUUCUCUGGAAGAGGAGGAACCAGAGGAGGAAGAGGAUGAGGAGGAAGAUGAAGAGGGUGAAGGAGUGGCUGGAUCGUCAUUGGAAUCUGAUGAAGGAGGCUCCGAAGAAGCUUCCGUUCGGAAGUUGGAAACUAAGGCUCAAAACUUUCUUCGUCGUUCUUUUCUAUCGGCUUUAUGUGCAAUUGGGAAACUGUUUCCAUCUCGGACUCUUCAGCUCGAUUCGUCCUCGCCGCAGAAUCGCGGUUCGGGUAGUCGCUCAGGUCAUCGCCAUCAUCACUACCACAGUCACCAUAGUUACCACCAAGGAAAUGGCGCCAGUGGAACUUACGCCCCGACCCUCCAGCAACCUGCCCAGACCACCAACUCAAUCGACAAUAAUCCUAUCUGGAUACCAAGCCUUGGGGAGACUGAUGGUAUCCUAUGGAGCGAAGAAAGUGACUCCUGGAGAUGUUCUGGUGCCACGGCUGGAAGCAUUACCCCUGAAAAAGCCUUCAACUUCCAGAUCCUUUGGACUCUAGAUGUAGCGGGGCUCCUUGGUCCUCCAGCGGUUUGUGAAUACUGUUCACGUGUGUUGCAGUGCAUCCAAUGUCCUCUCUUGAUGUAUCAAAUUACAAGAAAGGUACUCGAACGACACUAUCUUCCCAGUGACCCCGUCCCACCGCUGAUUUACUCACAGGGGUCGAGUGGAGGACCCACUGUCUGGAACGGGUAUACUUGGGUGCCUUGCGUAGCCUACUACCAGCCCACGCAUCAUAGAUACGCUGGAAGGUGGCAGUCGUCCGUGGGUGUCAGCGGCAAUACCAUCCCCUGGACCUAUCAACCUUGGAGCGUCGCGGCACAGCCCCAGCAGUCCAUGGUCGUUUCGACCAGCGCUGUCAAUAACCAGACCUCAGUCAACUUCCUCGGAAAAGACCUUGUAGAAAGGAUGGUAAAUCGAAUUCACAAUCUGUACCACAGGCAAUUGAACCAACGCUUGCGACACAUAGGCCAGUCGCGAACAGAAUGGGAUGAAUUCGUGGGGGCCCUCCUGAAUGCCUACCAGGCACACUUGGGGAUGCCGGCUACGGACCGAGCGGUCAGUUGGGACACCCUUUUGGCGCGCAUCCAACGGCACCCCAAGUGCUCCCCCGCUCUGUGGCAGCGGAUACUCGCAGGGAUUCAAACAAUUGACCUCAAGGGUACCCCAACACCCGGCUCUGUCCCAACAUCCCCCCCUCCUCCACCUUCACAAACCACAAAUUGA